CAUCAUCGCGCUGCUCUGCUUCCAUAAUUACGUAGUCGAAAUCAUGCUGCAUACUGAAGCAGCAAUCACGAGGACUGCAAAUACCUACAGUCAUACACGGGCAGACAGAGACUUAUGCAAUGCAGCCAGAAGAAUGAAACGGUUUUCUCCGGCCGUUGGGGUGUCCCACCCAAAUCCAAUAGACCGGAGAUGAGAAAUGAUGGACGAGAAAUGAGGGGUGGGUUUCGGCCUCGGCGGAGAUCACACUGUUCUCACGACAACACACAACCUUCCGGUGUCGACCGAAGAAGGGAAGGUCGGUUCUGUCCGAGUUGGAGGGGUGGAGGCUUCCGAUUGUUUGGGGAGAUGCGUCUCAUCGCAGCAUCCGGAAUGACAAACGUUGCCGGGGAGGAGUCAGCCGGUCAGUGACAGUAAGAGCAAGACGCCAUUGGCUGGCCGAACUGACUUUGAACCGUCAGUUGACUUACAAGUGACACUAUCUACUACAAUAUACUUUUGAACGCCUUGCCUAGCCAUCAUGUGUGACUUGACACCCAUCACUCAACGAUAGCUCCAAGCUCACCAUCAUGGCCGCCUCCAAGUCCCAUCCCAAGAGCCAACAGAUGGCCGAGCAGGUUCAGGAAGAACUCAACGGCACCCCGUACAAGCUCACAUCUCUUGAACCCUUGUCAGGAGGACUUGCCAAUUUCCUCUUCAGAGGUCAUCUCACCAAUCCGUUACCCGACUCGUCCCACGAUGUUGCCAUCAAGCAUGGAGAGAGCUUCAUUGCUGGAAUGCCCGAAAGUGACUGGGUGAUUCCCACAACUCGCUGCCAAGUAGAGGAAGAGUGUCUCAAAGCCGUUCAAAGCAUGCCAAUUCCAGAAGCGCCCUGUGUGACCCGGACACCCAAACUCUACUACUACAACUCGGAUACCAACACUCAAGUCCAGGAAUAUCUCCCAGAUGCCAUCAGUCUCAAGGACUACGCCCUCAAGCACUUCUCCGCAGCCCCUGAUGUGUCCAGAAAACCAGCAUGUCUCGACAUUGGCAAGAGUCUAGGCAUAUGGCUCCGCAGUUUCCACCACUGGGCAAAUCAGUCAGAGCAGUCUGGUCUGCGUGAAGCACUAAAGUUGAAUGCCAACCUGCAAGAACUGAGACACAUGACCAAUUACCAGACGUUGGUUAGUGAUGUUGACACUUGUCCAGAGAUACUCUCGGAUGCAAAGGAAGUCUUUGAGAAAGUGGAAAAAAUGGCAGCAGAAGAACUUGGGAGCGGGAAGUUGGAAGUCAUACAUGGUGACUUCUGGACGGGAAACACACUUCUCGCAGACCGGCCCCUUGAAGAUGGCAAACGCCCAAACAUCUUCAUCGUAGACUGGGAAAUGUGCCAGCUCAACGUCUAUCCCCUUGAUCUAGGGCAAAUGAUGGCCGAACUCUACGAACUAUUCCUCUUCAAGGGCAUCGAAGAAGGCAAGUGGAUCCUCGAGGGUUUUGUCUCUGGUUACGCCAACAUCGACGACAAAUUCGCCUAUCGCAUUGCCAUCCAACUCGGCACUCACCUCAUCGUCUGGGGAUCUCGCGCCCAAGGCUGGGGUACAGAAGAGCAAGUCGCAGAAGUGAUGGCGAAAGGCAAGGAAAUUAUUGUCAAGGCGUGGCAUGAAGAUCGCACGUGGUUUGAGGCAGGAGAUUUGGCUUGUCUGUUUAGUGGCAGGUCGUGA